UGGUGACAGUAUGUAAAAAAAAUAGUGAAAUAAAUUUUUAAAAUUUUUUUUUUCCGAAAAAUGACAAAAAAAAUACAACUUCAAAAAACGCGCCAUUCCUCUUAUGAAGUACGUCCGACUGUCUACUCUGCAAAAAGGGGUCAUUUGGGGGAUAUCUGUACUGUUCUGACAUUCUUGGACCUCAAGAAAUUAGAUUGGCUGUCAGUACUUCAGGAUUGAUCAAUAUUCAGAUCUAUACCAUAGUUUGUGAACUCUAUAACUUUCCUACAAACUAAAUAAUACAUCCUAAUUUGGGUUAUUUUCACCAAAGACAUGUAG